GUUCUUGGGCGGGAGGGCGUGUCUUGUAAACAGAGUACAGCUGCGGUUGUGCUGUGUACUGUAGUUGGUGGUGAAGCAGUCUGAAGUAAAAGACAAAUGGCGAGAGGGAGAAGACAAAAUCGACACAUGAAGAAACUGUUCAUCCUUCGAGGUUUGCCAGGAGUUGGAAAGACAGAGAAGGCAAAAAAACUCUGGGACGAAUAUGCAAGACUUGGACUGAAAGGAGACAUUUUCUCCGCUGACAGGUACCAUGAAAGAACCAACUACACCAAAGGAAACUUUCAGCUCAACCAUCAGCAGAAUAGAGAGGAUGUUUUUAAAGCCAUGAAUAGAGGUGUGGAUCCGAUCAUCGUUGACAACACAAACAUUUCUCUUUGGGAGAUGUGGCCCUAUAUCCACAUGGGGAUUGGACAGAAGAACUAUUACAUCAUAAUGGUGGAACUGCCUAAAGGCUAUCCUCAGAACAACAUCUCCAUCAACAAGCUGUACAGACGGUGUCGUGGUAACAUCCCCAAGCGUAAGUUCAGGUCCUUUGAGGCUCGCUGGAAAAAAGCUGACAGCAUCUGGCAUGUACUUAACGACGGCUACUCCAAAAAACGCUGGAAGAGAAGCAAAGAGGAAUGGAACGUCCAGUGAUGAAGACAUGCUGGUCUCCCCC